AUGUGGGACUCCUUCACGAAAUUCUACAUUCAUCCGCUGGUGAGUGUUGCAAUCAAUCUUCAUGGAGGUGGUGAACCUCGACGAUGUGGGGGGAAGUAUAGAUCUCUUCUGCCAAGCCGUAAUGCGGCGAUCAAGGAUGAUACUUCCGCGCUCCCUUCUCCUAUGUUAAAUGGUAUGAAGGGCUGGGUUGCAUGGUCAUUUGCAAAUCCAUUGCAGGUAAACGUCGUGUACCAUUAG